CGGAUCGAGGUCCGAGAAGGAUCCGUUAUAAAAACGGCUCGUUGGUCCCGCAGAGCUCUCUGAGUUCAUCCAGAGGACCCGGGGCUCGUUGGACGCUGCUGCGGGAAACAAUGCUCCUAAAGACCGCGCUGAGAGCGCAGGCUCUCCGGAGCAGCGGCGUCUUCUCCGGAUCUCUCAAAGUUCUGCAGAGACCGUGGAUCCGGACCCGGACCCCGACGCAUCCAGGACUCUGCGCGGCGAGUCGUGGCAUUCAUGUGGACUCUCCACCCAUCAUCCCGACUCUCACGACCAGCUACGCCCACGGCACGUCUACCUCAUCUCUGCGCAACACUACAGUCGGAGAUUCCCUGCUGCAGACUGUGGAGCGCUGGCCGGACCGAGAGGCUGUGAUCUUUGUAGGAGACGGAGUCCGCAAGACCUUUGCACAGCUUCAGCAGGAUGUGGAUCAGGUUGCAGCAGGGCUGCUGGCACUUGGUCUGCAGAAAGGAGACCGUCUCGGGAUGUGGGCACCCAACAUUUAUGAAUGGGUCCUGGUCCAGUUUGCCACAGCCAGAGCCGGCAUCAUAAUGGUGACGGUGAACCCAGCGUACCAGGUGCAGGAGGUGGAGCACAUUUUGCGAGCGUCUGGGUGCAAAGCCGUCGUGUGCCGUGCGCAGUUCAAGACUCAGAACUACAGCGACAUGCUGAGAGAGUUGUGUCCGGGGAUCGAGUUGUCGAGCCCGGGGGACACCAGGAGUGUCAGACUCCCCGACCUCCGCUCUGUGAUCCUUUUGGACAGUCGACAACAAGGGAUGUUCCACUUUGAGGACGUGAUGCAGGCCGGCAGCAGCACGUUCAUGCAGCUGCUCCAGGACCUGCAGAAGAAGAUCUCCUUUGACGACCCCAUAAACAUCCAGUUCACUUCGGGAACAACCGGGCUGCCAAAGGGUGCGACCUUGUCUCAUCACAACAUCGUCAACAACGCCUACUUUGUGGGGAAGAGAGUGGGAUUCAGCUGGAACCCUCUCAAUCGCAUCUGCGUCCCCGUGCCGCUGUACCACUGCUUCGGCUGCGUGGGGGGGGCGCUGUGCAUGGCCGUGCACGGCGUGACCGCGGUCUUUCCCUCCGCCGGGUACGACGGAAAGGCCAACUUGGCGGCUCUGGAGAGCGAACGGUGCACCUUCAUCUACGGCACCCCCACCAUGUAUAUCGAUAUGAUCAACCAGCCGGACUUUGCUAAAUAUGACUUGUCCUCAGUCCAGUCGGGCAUCAUCGGUGGCUCCCCGAGUCCUUCAGAACUCGUGAAGAAGGUCAUUUCUGAGAUGGGCGUCAAGGAGCUGAACAUCGUGUACGGCACAACGGAGAACAGCCCCGGGACCUUCUGCCAGUCGCCGACGGACAACAUGGAGAGGAAGUCAGAGACCGUCGGCUUCGUCUUGGACCACGUGGAGGCUAAAGUCGUGGACCCUACAACGGGUCAGGUGGUGCCACUCGGGACGACGGGGGAGCUCCAGAUCCGCGGCUACUGCGUGAUGUUGGGUUACUGGGGCGACGAGGCCAAAACACGAGAGACCAUCACCGAGAGCGGCUGGUACAAGACCGGAGACCUCGCCACCAUGGACGCGUUCAGCUACUGCCGCAUCGUGGGCCGAAUUAAGGACAUGAUCAUCAGGGGAGGAGAGAACAUUUACCCGACGGAGAUCGAACAGCUCCUGCAAACGCACCCCAAAAUCAAGGAGGUGCAGGUGGUCGGAGUCCAGGACACCCGUUUGGGCGAGGAGGUGUGCGCCUGCAUCCGGCUGGUAGACGGCGAGCAGUGCACCGCGGAGGAAAUCAAAGCCUUCUGCAAAGGACAAAUCUCGCACUUCAAGAUCCCUCGCUACUUCCUGUUUGUGACCAGCUACCCGAUGACCGGCACUGGAAAGAUCCAGAAGGUUAAACUACGCGAGGAGGCGGAGCUUCGGCUCGGACUCAGACAACCGAGAGAACCCGAACUCUAAAUAACAGAACAUGAAGCUGUGUGUGUGAGUUCCUUCCAGAUGGUCUUCAGGUGUUCCAUCCUGUGUGUGUGUGUGUGUGACUCCAUCCUGUGUGUGUGUGUGUGACUCCAUCCUGUGUGUGUGUGUAUGACUCCAUCCUGUGUGUGUGUGUGUG